UCCAAGCCGACCAUGGCCAGCAUGGCGGUUCAGGUCCUUGGCUUCUUCUUAGGCCAGCUUGGGUUCGCGGGCACUGUCGUAGCAACCCUGCUGCCUCACUGGCGCUGCACGGGCUACGUCGGCUCCAACAUAAUCACGGCCACCUCCUACCUGAAAGGCCUGUGGAUGGAGUGCGUUUGGCACAGCACGGGCAUUUACCAGUGUGAGGUGUACAAAUCUCUGCUGGCGCUGCCCGAAGACCUGCAGGCAGCCCGGGCACUCAUGGUUCUCUCCUGUGUCACCUCAGCCCUGACAUCUGCCGUCUCUGUGCUGGGGAUGAAGUGUACUCGAUUUGUCCGCGGCUCGGCCAUCAAAUCCCACCUGGUGCUAAGUGGGGGGAUUGGUUUCCUCUGUGCGGGGCUUCUGUGCCUGGUCACUGUCUCCUGGACCACCAAUGACGUCGUCAAGGAUUUCUUUGACCCAUUCCUCCCCAGCGGGAUGAAGUACGAGAUCGGCCUGGCCGUGUACAUCGGAUACGCGUCGUCUUUCCUUAGUCUGACCGGGGGACUGGUGCUGUGCUGGAGCAGCGGCAGCGGCAGAGGCAGCGGCAGCGGCUGGCCCCAGAGGCCCCUCCACAUACACAGGAAUCCCCCUUUAUCGCCUCCUCCUGCUUUCAACAACAUUUAUCCUCCUGCUCCACCCUACAAGCCUGCAGAGGCCCUCAAGGACAAUCGUGCUCCAUCGCUCUGCUCUCUUUCGAGCAGUGGAUACAGACUCAAUAACUACGUGUAAAACUGAGGACACAGACACAGUAACUGUGACACUUCGAAGUCUCUAUGAA